AUGGCGUCUUCUCAGGUAGAGAUCGUCUAUUUACGACCUACCUUCGGUUGUAUCCUUAGAGAUCGCAACCGUCGGCAGAACGACGACAACGACGUCGUUUUCCUGAAGAAUCUGAAAGCUCAUGUGAAAACUACUCCUCCCAUCCCCGACGAGAAUUCGCAUUCUUGGAUCAGAGACAAGCCGAGAAAGAAGAGCAAAAGCCGUCUUGGAUCGCCGGAGAAACCACGUACCAGAAAAGCUAACAACUUUUCCGGCAGCACGAAAUAUUCGAAGAGAGACGACGACAGUCUCGGAGGAGCUUCUUCUCUUGUGCAGAUAUGGGAGGCGAGGCUUACUCGAUCCACCGGCGGAAACUCGCCGAUCCACGGCCAAUUUACAGAAGAAAUCCACCUUCCGGCUCCAUCAAUUGACGACGGAGAGUCUGAAUCGGAGAACGAAUCGAAAACUCCUGAUCUAACGGCGGAGAUUAGAUCCGGGACUCUCAAUUCGGUUUCUGAUUCCGGAGGGAGCAAAUGGGGCAGAGUCGCUGAAAUGAUCCGGAGAUUAAGUAACGAACAGAAGCUGACCGCCGGCAAUAAUGGCGGUGCCGUCGAAAUGCCGAUCGUAAAAACGCCGACGCCGGAGAAAAUGAGUUUUCCGGUGGUGACUCGUUCGCCGCGACUCCGAGGACGGCAAGCUUUAUCUGAUUUCCUUACGCAUCUGGAACGCGACCGUCACCGCGAAUUGGAGUCGCUUCUUAAACGCAACGCAGUUUCUAGGUUUACUCAACGCGGUCGCCUCCAGUCAAUGUUGCGGUUAAGGAGUCUCAAACGCGGCCUAGCCAUUCAAGAACGUCACCGAAGUAGUGCGAAAACACCCGAUUUGAAUCGCGUUCUCCAUCUAAGAGAAAAAUUCCGUGUAAACGCAGCAAACGACGCCGCUGAAGCAAAACAGAGAAAAGGCCCACCUAACCGCAAGGUAGAGGAAGUAGCUUUACUCAAGAAAGAAGAAGAAACUAAAUCAAAGAUGAUUAGUUACCUUAAGCUGCAAGAAACCUUAGUAGCAGAAGCUUUGAAAACAAGAACUGAUAAAACUAGCAUAACUCAUCAAGAACCGGAGAUAAUGGUGAAAGAGGAAGCGAACAAGGUCGAAAUCAGUACGCAAGGAACUGGAGAAACGCUGUUACUUGAUGAACAAGAAACUUCGUUUUCGAAUGAAUGGGAAGAGCAAGAAGAGUACGAGGACGAACAGUCUUACUACGGAGAAAUGAGCUAUGACUGGCUUACAGAAAUAUCUCGGCCUCGGAGUCAUUGGGAAGAUCUGAGGAAAUCACGGUAUCUUGAAGUGAUGAACACUCGAUCUGACGGAGACGAUAUUUGCAAACUUCUCGAGAGAGGAACGGUUUCGGACUUCCUCCAGAGCGGACUGCGAGAGAAGAUCGAUAACCUCUUAAUGUCUCGUGUCCAAACACAUCCGGCUCAGAGGAUAUUUAAAGAAGCAGGUAAAGAGGAAGAGAAAUGUGGCAUAGGCGAAGAAGAAGAUGAAGAGAGAGAUGACUUGAGCGAGACGUCAUCGCAGAUAUUUGCACCUUCCCCUGCAGGAUCAUGGAGUUCUCAGGACACAGGAGUUACUUCCACACCUCUGAACAAUCUUCAUUCCACUGAGAUGGAGAUUAUAAGCGAUUUGAGAACACAGAUUUUACAGCUACAACAAGAAAUGUCGGAGCUACGUGACUCUGUCAAGACAUGUUUGGACGUAAACGCUAGUCUUCAAAAAUCGGUUCACCUGGAAAAUCCAUUGAAACGCAAAUGCUGCGUUUGUAACGAAACGCAAGUUGAAACACUUUUAUACAGGUGCGGGCACAUGUGCACAUGCCUGAGAUGUGCAAACGAACUACAAUGUAAUGGCGGGAAAUGCCCGAUUUGUCAUGCGAAGAUCCUAGACGUUGUUCGCGUCUUCGUUGAUUCAAGAACCUGA